GCUCCAGGCGGCGGUGGGUGGAGGCGGGUGCGUGGGGCGGCCACCCGGCGGCAGAACACGUCGGUGACCCGCGGCCUUGCCCGCGGCCACAACAAGACCGUCACGGGUCGGGUGAGGUGCUAGUGGUGCAGCACGCGGCAUGACGGUCAGCUACCAGUAUGAGGUGGCGUCGUCCACCUCCGGGGGCUUCACCCGCCUCCUGUUCAUGUGGAAGGGGUCGCUGUACAAGCUCAUCUACCGCGAGCUGCUGCUGUUCCUGCUGGCUUUCGGCAUCCUCAGCGCGCUGUACAGGAACCUCUUCACCGCCGAGCAAAAACGGCUGUUCGUCAAGGUGGUGGUGUACUGCGACACGUUCAUCAACCUCAUCCCGCUGUCGUUCGUCCUGGGCUUCUACGUGGCCUACGUGGCGGCGCGCUGGUGGAACCAGUACCUCGCCAUCCCCUGGCCAGACAAAAUCAUGCACUCGAUCGCGCUGUACGUGCAGGGCAACGACGACCACGCGCGGAUGACGCGGCGCAACCUCAUGCGCUACCUCAACCUGACGCUCAUCCUGGUGCUGCGCUCCAUCUCGUCCGCCGUCAAGCGCCGCUUCCCCAAGCUGGACCACCUCGUCGAGGCCGGGUUCAUGACGCCGACAGAGCUCCAAAUCUACCUGUCGGUGCCCUCCGUCGAGUUCAACACGUACUGGAUUCCGUGCACCUGGUUCAUACACCUGCUCAAGGAGACGCGGCGGUCCAACCGCAUCGCGGAUCCCCAGGGGCUCAAGAUCAUCAUGGAGGAGUUCAACCAGUACCGGUCGCAGUGUGGCAUGCUGUGGAGCUACGACUGGGUCAGCAUCCCGCUCGUGUACACGCAGGUGGUGACCAUCGCGACGUACUCGUUCUUCCUGGCGGCGCUGGUGGGCCGGCAGUACGUCGAGGACAGCAAGUCGUUCCAGAUGGAGAUCGACAUCUACCUGCCCGUGUUCACCAUCCUCCAGUUCUUCUUCUACAUGGGCCUGCUCAAGGUGGCGGAGCAGCUCAUCAACCCUUUCGGCGACGACGACGAGGACUUCGAGCUCAACUGGCUGAUAGACAGGCACACCAAGGUGUCGUACCUGGGCGUGGACACCCUCAUGACCCGAAGCCCGCCCCUGGUCAAGGACUUGUACUACAACGACGUGGACAUGUCCCUGCCGUACACCGAGGCGGCCAGCGCCUACAAGCGCAAGACGUACCGCGGCUCCGUCCACAACAUGGUGGUCCCCGAGGAGCAGCACGGCAUGUUCCUGCCGGAGAUCGAGGAGGAGGACGAGAGCGCGUCGCUGGGCAUGCGCACGCCCAAGACGUCCAUCCUCAGCCUGCACAAGGUGGGGCUGUCGAGCCAGUCGCACCAACAGCAGCCGGGGCAGCAGGCCGGCGCUGGCGCUGCCAACAAGAAACUCAAGUCCGCGGCAGCUAUCUGGCGACGGAACAGCGACAAGAGCAGGAAGGGCGAGGACGGCGCUCUUCCCCCAGCUGCUGGCGGUGCUGCCGUUCGGACCGCGGCGGUCGGGUCCGCAGGGUCCGCCACCGGGCCGACCGCGGUGACGGGACCCAGAGGCGGCGCCAAGAGCUCCACCGCCUCCGCGGGCUCGGUGGGCUCGGAGGCCGACGCGGUCCUGCAGGCCUCGGCCCCGGCCCGCCCCGUCGGGGGCCCCGUGCCGCGCAACGAGAGCUUCCACAGCUGGAAGUCGUUCUUCAGCAGCCUGGGCGGCUCCCGCAAGGACCACGACUCGUCCUCGCCCAGCGCGGCCAACUCCGAGGAGAGCAUCGCGUCGUCGGAGGACGACGACGUCGCCCAGCAGGCGGCCGCGACCGCGGAGGCCGCGGCGGCCGGCCCGCGGAACAGCAACUCCUCGUCGGGCAGCAGCGGCGCGGCGACCGCGGCGUUCGAGCGGCGAAACUCGUCGUCGCAGACGCCGUCGCCGCGGCCGGGACGGCCAGGGCGGCCCCGGCUGCAGAGCUGCCCCAAGCUGCUGGUGCUGGUGGGGCGCAACGACUCGACCAGCUCGACGAGCCGCGACGGCCGCAAGAAGGGCGUGCGCUGGAAGCCCGUCCUGGACGACGUCCGCGGCGGCCCGUCCUCGGUGCGCCGCCGCGACUCGGACGAGGACCCCGCCCACCUGUGCCGCUGCUGCCGCGAGCGGCGGGUCGACCGCGACCGCGACCGCCACCUGUUCCUGCGACGGCCCGCGGUGCGGCGGCGGCCCUGGGCGUUCGGCCGCGGCCUGGACCAGCCCGAGAUGUCCGGCAGCGCGCCGGACCUGGGCGCCCACUGCGCCUUCGUCCGCGACGAGACCUACUGGCGCGGCGGCAAGUUCCCCGGCACGCCGCCGGUCCUGGCGCUCGGCCAGCGCGCCGGUUCGCGCGGCAUCCUCAAGAAGAUGAUGUUCUGGCGCGGCUCGGGUGGCGUGGCAUGCGUCGGGGAGCUGCCGGGGGCGUUGGUCGACGUGGAGGGGGCUGCCGCGGGCGGCAACCACCCCUGCCACGCCUCAACGCACGCGGUGGGCAACGUCGUGGACACUAUCCUGACGGUGGAGGCCUCGCCGGUGAGCAGGAGCUUGCCGGACAUCGCCGCCAUCCGGAAGCGGAUCGGGAGCAGGCCCUUCGCGUCGGACUGCGUGGCGCUGCCCGCGCUGCCGGGGGUGCCGGACAAGCCCGACACCCCCGUCGAGGCGCCCGUCGAGACUCCGGUCCAAGCCCCCAUCCAAGCCCCCACCGCGCCUUCCAACGCCGCUGUUGACGUGCCCGUCGAGGCGGUCGAGGCCGUUGUGGCGGACGCGGGCGCCUCGCAUCCUGCCGCCCCCUCCGAGCCCCCCUCGGAGUCGGGGGGUCCAAGUUGCGGCACCUGAUGGCCGUGCGCGCAUCGCAUCGGGCUUGGGGUGAGGCCUCCACCCUCCCGGCGGGCCAGGUCCGCCAGGUCCCAGUGGAGCACACUUCAGGCCGUGGGACAUACAUAGGGACAGAUCCGGCCAAAUAACAUGUUUUCCUGCAGCUGAGCUGUCUUAAACAUUGUUGUGGUCUUUAAAUAAUUGUACAGGUUUCUUUUGCAAGAAACAGACAGAAAACUGAAGUGUUAUUAAAUUAUUUUUAGUUAAA